GGAAGCUAUAAAGCUAUGGUAUUGCUCCGUACUCAGGAAUAGGAGGGAAGUGAACAGUCACCAUUUUUAAGUUCACUCUAAUACAAUCAUGCCUCUUUCAACUGAUGAGACUGUCAAUAAGACGGCUGGGGAUAUUGUAGCUCAGCUACAAGCUGUCUUUGGAAAACACCCUGGAUUUCGACCAGGUUAACUCGAAAUUUACACUCCACUUGCUCAUUGACUGAUGAUUGCCAGCACAUGCGAAGGGUGAGAUCCUGAGUGGCACUUUCACUCCUUCUGCAGAGGCAAAGAAACUCUCUACUGCACCACAUUUCGCCAAUCUAGCGACACCAAUCUGGGCCAGGUUUUCUGUAAGUCUUACCACAUGCUUCACCUGAAAUUCCUCAUCUUAUACUUGGCCAAUCCCCAAUUCCUUUUCUGAGCCUUCCCAAAAUAUCAUGAACUAAAUAAUCCAGAACUCGACGGGCAUCCCCAACAUCCCGGACGCGGACCCAAACGCCAAUCCACGAGGAAUAGGAAUCCGCUUUCACCUAGGAGCCCACAAACACACCGAUAUAAUCGCCCACUCCACACCCUUCUUCCCGACUCGCACCGGCGAAGACUUCCUCGCCUUCUUCCAAGCAAUUGCCGCCUCCCCACCCGGUGGACCCAGUCCCUCACCCGGGGGACCCAGUCCCUCACCCGUGGAGCACUUCCUCAGCUCGCACCCCAAAGCUCUCGCUUUCGUGCAAGCCCCCAAGCCAGCCCCCGUAAGCUACGGGAGGGAACAGUACUUCGGUGUUAACGCCUUCAAACUCGUCGCUGCUGAUGGAAAGGAGACUUACAUCAGGUACCGGAUCGUCCCCGAUGCUGGGGUCGAAGCCCUCGACAACGACCUUCUGAAAGACCAGGACCCGGAUUACUUGCAGAAGGAGCUUAGUAAGAGGGUAGCCGAGGGCCCGAUUGGAUUCAAGAUUCUGGCGCAGGUUGCGGGUGAUGGGGAUGUGACGGAUGAUUGUACGGUUCAUUGGAGGGAGGACAGACCAGUUGUUGAGCUUGGGUCUUUCAUUUUGGAUGCUCUUGUGAAGGAUUAUGAGAAGGAGGUGAAAUACAUGAUUCUCGAUCCUAUUCCGAGGAUUGAGGGGAUUGAAGCGUCUGCUGAUCCGAUUUUGGAGAUGAGAGCAGCGGUUUAUUUAAUUAGUGGAAGGGAGCGGAGAGCUGCUCCUUAAUUUUGCAUACAUGCCUUGACGUUGGUUAUUUUCGAUGAUUCUUUUGGGUUUUCGUUGCGGUUGGGUAGUUGUGGGUUUAGUUUGGAGUAUAUGUCUAUGGAAGCUCUCUUAGCAGCUUUAGUCAGAAUACCCGUGGAGACAUGGAUAUAAUUUAAUGGCACCAAUCCCAGUUUGAUACCAAUAGCGUGGAUUUUAUCCCAAAUCCUGUAUAUCUAAAUUGUAAUGCUUGGUAGGGACUGGUGACGGCCCAGAUAGGCUUGAAUGAACC